AUGGACUAUUUAGAACCUAGGUUCGAUCCCAAUAAUUCGAAAGUUGCUGACUUGAGAAGAAUAUUAUUUGAAAAUAAUGUUGUUUUCCCCACAAAGGCCAAGAAGUCUACCCUUGUUGGACUUUUCGAAGAAGAAGUUAGACCAAAAAUUUCGUCAUUAAGAAAGAAACAUAAAAAUGUGAAACCAAGCUCCGAAGGUAUCGUCAAUGCAUCUUCAGCAUCAUCCUCUUUACCAGAGAGAAAGAAGAGAACUAGGGAAACUAAGAAUAAAGAGGAAAAGGUCGAUGAAGAUGGAGACGUCAAGAUGGAGGAAACUACACCUUCUAAAUCAAGGGAGUCUCGCAAUAGAAAAAAGAGGAAAACAGGUGAAAGAUCAAGGACAAGCUCGCCAGUUAAACGUGAAUCUAAAGCUAGCGUCAAAUCUUCGCCAACAAAAUCAGAAAGUAAGUCGUUAAUCAUGGAGAAACCUGAAGAGAGUGAAAAGACUUUUGAACAACGUACUCCAAGAGCAACGAGAUCUCUUAAAACUGAAGGUGUUGCCGCAACAGAACCUUCACCAAGUAAAGGACGUAAGAGAAGCAAUAGAAGUGUUAUUGACACUUCAAACUUAAAUAUCAGUGAAGAGCUUCCACGCAGAUUGAGAAGUGCCGACACAAAGAAAACUGAACCUUCCAAGGAAAAAGAGAUGGCCGCUGCUGCAUUCAGUGAACAACUUGAGGAGUCUAUGCCUCAAAUAAUACCAACCUCUUUUCAACAGAAAUGUCAUGCUAAACUUGAGAAAAUGAGAAAAAUAAUGAGUUGCCAAAAAGUUCAACCUUUUGCCAAAAUGAUGGCGGGCAAUUUUAAAGCAUAUUUAAUAUUCUCUAUUAUUGCUCUUCCAAUCCUGUUUGCUCUGUGGUAUAGAGAGCAAAGAAUAAGGGUGGGUUAUUGCGGCAAAGAGUUACCAUUAAUCCCAUUAGCUUCUGGUCGCACUGACAAUGUCUUUUUUCAAAAGAUAGACUCUCUUUUAAAGUUUGUCAAACCCAAGUGUUUACCAUGUCCUAGCAAUGCCAAGUGCUAUUCUUUGAUGGAUAUGGACUGCUACCCGCAAUUCAAGCGUUAUUCUUCAAUCUUUAAAUUGAAUGGUUUAAUUCCCUUGACCGAUUAUUGUAUUAUCGACAAUACAAAAGAAAAAUUAGUAAACAAAAUGGUCAACUACAUGUUGAAAAAAUUAAGAUCUAAAAAUGGAAGUGUUGACUGCGGUACUGCUAAAAGCGAUCUUAUAAGCGGUAUGAUUGAAGAUGAUUUGUAUGAUUCAAUUUAUGAGAAGUUCAGCAAUAAAUAUUCUGAUGAUGAAUUUGAAGAGUUGUGGUCAGAAGCUUUAGAUAAGCUUGAAGAUUUAAAGGAAAUCAAAAUUUCAGUAACAGAUAUUAUUGGCCCUGAUCAGAUGAAAAUCAUUCGUUCCACCUCGAAAAAGUCCAUAGGAUUGAAAUGCAGAUUGGGCUCUCCCCUACUAAAAAAUUUCAGAGAUGUUCUAUCGACCUGUAUUAAAUUAAGAUAUGUUACCGCAAUUAUUGCUAUUUUUGGCAUCAUAUCCUUCUUUACUUUUAAAUACACAAGAAAAUGUUUAACAAGGAGAAAGUUAAUAACAUUUUACACCGAGAAGGCCAUAGAAAAAUUAAAAAAAGCCAAAAGGACUAGAAAUAACUCAUCAGGAUUAGAUACUUUACAAAUCAGGGAUGAUGUAUUAUCCGAAGUUACUAAUUUAAAGGAUAAAAAUUAUUUCUGGAGUCAAAUGAUGAAGAGAAUGGAUGCUGACGAAAAAAAUAUUGCUUCGACUCAGAUUGAAGUACAUGGAGAAAUUAUAAAAUAUUGGAACUGGAUUGGCAAUGACAAUUAG